AUUUCACAGAGUGCUGAGCAUAACAUUUAAAAUCAUUAGAUAUUAUAAUCAAAAGUUUCCAGUUAUUACUCUGGGACUUAAAAUAUGGAAAACGUAAUAACAAACUAUUGCGUGGCAAUGCCUAGAGUUAAUCUCUUAUAGUAGAGGCCACUUGAAAAAACUCCAAGAAAAUUGAAAUAUCCACAUAUAAAACCAAUAAAAUAAAAUUGAAAGCGUUAACUGCUCAGUCGUAAAUAAUAUGGAAUGACUGAGUGCGAGGAAUAUCAACUGAAAUGUUUGUAUUUUUCAAGUUUUGCGCUGCAAAUAUUGUUGUUCUUUUAGCUAUAGUGGACUUGGUAUCAUCAUUCCUAAACAUAUCGCGCCAUAAUGACGCAAUAAAUGGUAUUAAAGUAAAAGAUACAAGAAGAAAGCGAAAGAAGUCAGAAUCCACAUCUUCAUCUGGAGGUGACCAUGAUUCCUCUGGCGACUCGGCCGAGUCUCUCGGCUUGUCUAUAUCAAAAUCUACUGGCUCUUCGGAAGAGAAGAAGAAAAAAUUCACACCAAAGGAGAGCAUCGAGAGGAGAGGAUGGAGACGAUGGCACCGCAAAUGCACCCCAUGCCCCGACGACAUGUGGAAGAAGUGGCGAGAUCCCAGCAUCAAGUGGAUCUGUGGUGCGUACCAGCGAGCCAGGAGAUCGUUCAAAAGCCUCUGCAUGAUGCACUACAGGAACUGCCAGGAUGGGACAAUGUUUGUGAAGAUCCACGACCAUCGCUGUAAAAACGAUUCGACGUCGACCAAACGGUUCGGAACGCACUUCUUCUACGAGUACAAGGUAGUGCUGUCACAUGAAUCCACAGAUACCGCCUCUUCUACUUCUGAAGAACACGUACAUACCAGUGACUACUGAUUUUACUGCGAAUAAAGGUAUAAAAACGUU